GUUUCUCGAUGUCGGCAUCUCGAUUCUGUACGUAUUUGGCUUCCUGGCCAACGUGAGCCAAGCAGAUGGGGCCAAGUGGAUCGAAAGCACCGGAAUGAGUCUGUUACAGGAUCUCGUGCUGAAGCCACUCUACUUGGCUCUGUUGUACGCCACGGUCGCCAGCAUGGUCCUGUGUUGCAGCCCAAGCGUCGGGGAGAAGAUCUUGAACCAGUGGGUUCGGCAAAGCGACAACGAGUCCGGGAACGAGGACCUGCAGAACGACGGCAACCAGCUCGGGAACGAAGACUUCGAGGGUCGUCGGUCAGGCCCUGCCGGGCUCUCACGCUCUUCGGCCGGCUUGUGA